CAUACUUAGCACAACACCUCUGUGGAAGCAAUAGUAUUUGGGGGCCGAGUCGCGGGAGAAGAAGAGAAAUAUUCACUCGAGAUGUGUCUGAUAUGCCACUAAUGCCGCGAUGGCAUAUGCGACAUCUCUUCAAUUUAGGACGCUGCUGACAUUGCCCACUGCGCUCCGCCCAUUACUACUCAGCACAAUUUCACCAUCGGGACUACAAUACAUUCAAUCCCGAAUGUUCUGCGCUUCCCCUCUUCAGUACAGAAGAGCCAAGUAUCCUAAUGUUGCCGCAUUUACCAUACCGGAAUUUAGAACGUCCUCGAUUUCUGGGGUUACCCGUGACAAAUUAUUCAAGACUUCGUCGCUGUUGUCCGCGCCUGGCCAGCCCCUAGAGGAGGAGUUGACUAAACUAUACGCAGACAACCCAGCCACCUUUAUAUAUGCGGAGUCCGACUUCUACACUUUGAAGAAGAACACGCGCGUUCCCGAAGUGUGCAUAUUAGGUCGUUCGAAUGUUGGCAAGUCAUCCUUCGUUAACGCGCUCGCCAUGCGCCGAAGCGAUGCCCUGGCACGCGUCAGCAGCAAAGCCGGGAAGACGAGGUCGAUGAAUAUGUAUGGCUUUGGCCCUGCUCCAACGGUCAAAGAACUGCAAGCCCAGGGGUCUAAAUACAAAGAUGAGGACAUACCAACUCAUACAUUUCAUGUGGUCGAUAUGCCUGGGUAUGGGCACGCAUCACAGGAAGAAUGGGGAAAGAAUAUUGCCUUAUACAUGAGUAAGAGACAGGCUGUGAAGGGGGCUAUCGUUUUGAUCGAUGCAGAAGUCGGCCCGAAAGACUCCGACUUCCAUCUGCUCCAGCUUCUCAGCGCUGCUCAGUUGAAGACAGCGAUCGUCUUGACAAAAGCAGACAAAGUCAAGACAGGGUGGUUGGGUUUACAUCAAACGUGUACAAAAAUUGUGAAAGGUAUUCUCGCUAUCGAAGCCCAGAUUACGGAGGGCACCUGGACUUGGGAGCGAGAGAUCUAUGUUACUGCUGUGGGUGCAAGAGACGCCGCCGUGGCACAUUCAACGGUAACUACAGCUAGGCUGGCUGUGGCUCGAUUAGCUGGGCUUGUGAAAGAUGAGCGACCUAAUGUGGAAAGGAACACGAGAUGGUCGGGCAAGAUGGUUUCAUUCGACGACCUGCAACUUGCCCCUAGUACUGCCCAUGGUUCUCCGAAAGAUGACCACUAUACAAACAUUUCCAACCAGCCGACGCAAGACACGCCUUCUCGAUUAAACGCUAGAUCAGAACCACCUUUGUCCAGAAAUUCUUUUGCAGACCUCGAGCACGCUGCAACCGCACACGGUAAUGGUAGAGCUCGGAAUUACGCAAGGUCAAGGCCUCAGAGCUUGAGGAAGGGCAAUCGCGCGCAUGCUCGCACAUUCCAUACUAAGGUGGCUCAACGAGGCAAACCAGCGCCUAAACAGCUAAUACGCGCGGAGUUGGAUGUCGUCCUCGGCGAUUUUAUAAAAACACUCAAAACGGACACCCCUCGCGAUCAGGUACGCCGUCUACAGCAGGAGCGCGAGAGGCGCCCGCCAAAGCUCUUCCGAAUUUCUUUCAAAAAGCGACAAAAGCGUCUAGCGCUUCACUUACAGCGGCAGUUUCCGGAACAAACGACGCGAACCCGUGCAGUCCUGGUUCAACGACUAGGGAUCGAAGAACGCCGCCGCCAAGCUAUGAAUAUUAGACAGGCCGAGUCCCAGAUGCUCGUCGAAUCUGAAUGGCCCGUAGGGGAGGAUGUGGGGAGCUCAAUGGACGCCAAUCAUUUCAUGGGGGUGAAUGAAUUUGAUGAGGCAUUUGCAGCUUCGAAAGGGUUCCCAAGUGACAAGAGCAAGAAAGGCAUAGCUAAGUGAGCCGAAUGAAUCGAUCAGCUCGAUCCAUCGUCCGAUCCUCUCAAUGCUAAAUUGGCACAGCGGAAGUCUUAGCCCUGUAUAUGUCCUGUGUAAAUCAGAUUAUACUAGAACUGAGUUUAAACUAAGAUAGAAUACAUACUUGAAUAUGUAUAUGUAUCAACACCAAAAAAAUAAUGCUAGCAUAUCUCA